AUGGCCGUGAACAGCAUUUACAAACCGCUCGCUGCAAAGGCGCAGACGAUUCGCUUACUCCGCUUACUGCCAAAUGCUUUCAAACGAGAUAUCGAAUGCGAGCUUCUGGAGCGUCCCAUUUCCGAAGCCCAGAACUGCUAUAUUGCAAUCUCCUACACAUGGGGAAGUGCUGGCGCCACGAAGCAGGUUCUCAUACAUUGCAACGGCGUGCGGGUCUCUGUCUCGGAGAAUCUCUUCACCAUCCUCCGGCGACUUCGGCAUCCACUUCGCAAUGCAAAUGUCUGGGUCGAUGCCCUAUGUAUCAACCAAGCGGAUCCUAUCGAGCGGACACAGCAGGUUGGACUCAUGGGAGACAUCUACCGAAACAGCCGCGAGACAGUGAUUUGGCUGGGCGAGCCCACCGCGCAAGAUGAAGACGGAAGGCGCUUCAGUCAUAAUUGCUGCGGUCCAUUACGCUUGGUCUGGCAUGGGGAUGCUGCCGACGAUCAUAUCUUGAACCAGUACUUGGACGACUGUCUACACGACGAUCUCAGCUCCGCUGAUGUCCCGCACGACGUCUUUGGGGCUUUCUGUCUUGUUUCGAGCCUAGCUUCUGGAAAUUCAAGCAGAUUGUUCAACAUGCUCAAGAACGACGAGAGUAGGCUCUGUUUAAGGUAUGCACAUAACCAGCGUCUGUAUGAUUUCCUUCCAGGAGAUGUGCAAAUCACAGGCUCUCGAGCGUCAAGGGUAUUUGCCGGGCUCGCACGAAUUAUGAGUAGACCUUGGUGGACUCGCAUUUGGGUCAUCCAAGAGACUGUUCUUUCCCAGAAGGCAGUGGUACAUUUUGGCCAGCUCUCUGCGCCCUGGACAAUGUUCGCAAAGGCCGCAACUCGCUUUGCGCAAGAUCGCCAAAAAUUGUGUCUAGACCUGUCAGGUGCCUUCUGGGGCCAGAGCACGUUGACUACGUUCAGCAACACGGUUCUCCGAUUCGAUAUCGCCCGUCAACACAGCCGUGCAUGGCUUGAUAUCGACUUACUCUCACUGCUGUGGAGGUUCCGGCCACUCGAAUCGACCGACAAACGCGAUAAGAUAUUCGCAUUACUCGGCUUGGUCACCGAUUGGCAGAACGAACCACCGAUGCUUCCGGACUACCAGAUGGAUGUGAGCACUACUUUUGUAAGAACGGCCGCGAGCACCAUUCAAAGAACCAAGUCACUUACAGUUCUUGCUGGGGAUCUCGGUGCUAUUUUGAAUCGUAAGCGAGUUGAACAUCUCGCUACAUGGGUAAUGGAUUGGUCUUUACCGUGUCUCCCGGUCGAGAUCGAUAGGGUGUGUUCUCUUGGAAUGUACAAUGCGAGUGGUGGACACAGUAGUCCGGUGCGUCUUCACCUACAACACUCCAUCCUGGAAGCUUCGGGUUGGUACGUCGACUACGUUAUCGCCGUUGGUGAUGUCAGUCGACAUACACAAAUUAGCGAGGCACUCGCUGCGAUACGAAGCUGGCACUUCGAAACGAAGAGACACGAAGAACUUCACAGUUCUUACCCCACUGGAUGCACCUACGACGAAGCCUUCUGGAGGACACUCAUUGCCGACAUCGUUCAUUCGCCCAGCUCUGGGGACCUCGGCCAUAUGUGGAGGAAAAAUAACGAUACAGCCUCCUAUCGCAGAGCAACCAGAGAGGAUUUCGAAGCCUACAGAUCGUGGCGCAUGUGGUCGCGGUGCAUCGCUCGCGAUACACUCAGUCGCACUGCCACGUUCACCCAAGGAGACCUGGACGAUGGCAUCUCGUCUAUACACUAUGCUUUCAAGACAGCAACGACUUCGCGGCGAUUCUUCAUCACGUCCAAAGGCUACAUCGGUUUCGGCCCACGGACAACCCAGCUCGGCCACGAAGUGUGGAUACUGUCCAACAGCAAAGUCCCCUUCCUGCUCAGCGCCACGCACACGCCUGCCCAGCUACCGCACCUCGGUCGCUCCCACAACAUCAAGAAAUGCACCGCUUCGCCGCUAACCACGCUCGUUCGACCAGAUGGUCGAGAUAGCCGAGACGCCAUGUGCAACAAGCCUCACGGCUGCCGGACCAUGGCCGGAGAUUGUUUCGUGUAUGGGCUCAUGGAUGGCGAGUACAUGGCUGCGUCUGUCGACAGUAGCAUUGAGCAGGUGUUCUUGGUAUAG